AUGCCCACUAUAUUCCAACGAGCACAUCCGGAGUAUUCCGUGCGAAAUGCCUCUAGGCUAUUAUAUCAACGGUUGAACCCCUCCUAUUUACUUUGCUCGCGGCAAUCUCGUCGGAAUGCGAGUGCCUCAACGUCUAAUGACCGCAUCAUUUUCUCUGGUAUCCAGCCUACCGGAGAACCUCACUUGGGCAAUUACCUGGGGGCACUGAAGCAAUGGGUUCUACUACAAAAUGAAGCUGUUCCUCCUACGAAAUUGUUAUUUUCCAUCGUGGAUCUCCAUGCCCUCACUAUUCCGCAAGAUCCUACAAUUCUUCGACAACGGCGGAAACAACUGCUGGCUACAUUGAUAGCUGUCGGGAUUGAUCCGAAACGAUCCACUGUCUUUUUUCAGUCUGCGGUUCCAGCGCACUCUGAAUUGAUGUGGAUCUUAAGCACCAUAUCUUCGAUGGGAUAUUUAUCACGGAUGACGCAAUGGAAAAAUAAACUACAACUGCCAGAGGAAUCUACGUUGGAAAAUUCGGACGCCAAGUCGCGCCUUAAACUGGGACUAUUUUCCUACCCGGUGCUACAGGCGGCAGAUGUACUAGUACACAGAGUUGGCACCGAUAACAAAAAUAAAAACAGAGCAACCGAUGUGCCCGUAGGAGAAGAUCAAAAGCAGCAUCUUGAGUUUACGCGGGAAGUGGCGAACGGUUUCAACCACUUAUACGGUCCAGUGCUCACCAUGCCAGCUCCAUUGAUAUCCCCAGCGAAAAGAGUUAUGUCGCUGAAGCAGCCAAUGUUGAAAAUGUCCAAAUCACACAAUGACCCCCGAUCUCGAAUUCUCCUCACGGACUCGGCGGAGGACAUCCACCAAAAGAUAAAACUUGCCCUCACAGACUCUGAACCGGGAAUUAGUUAUGACCCUUCCAGACGACCCGGCGUCUCUAACCUUAUUGAGAUUCUCAGCCAUGUUCAGGGAGGAGAUGGAAGCAGGAGUUUUAUAGAAAUGGGGCGGGAACACCAGCGGCUUAGCAUGCGGGCUUUCAAGGAGCAUGUGGCUAGCACCCUCACAAAGCACUUGAGGGGGAUCCGGGAAAGGUAUUUGGAACUUACGAACAACACGUCUGGCUACAUUGACAGCAUUGCGGAAGAUGGUGCAAAAAUUGCCAGGGACAAUGCCGAUAUUACGCUGAGUUCGGUUAAGAAUGCAUUGGGCCUUUCGUGA